AUGUCAGACCGUCGUCGUAUGUCAAUGCAGAGUGCCCCGUACCCUUCUGCCAAUGACCAAUGGGCGAAUGGUGGUCAAAGUUACGCUCCCUAUGGACAACCCCCUGCCUCAGCUUAUCGAGGUUCAUCGGCAGGAGGCUCAUAUUCUCCCGACGGUUACUACCCUUCGUCGCCCACUUCACCUUAUCCAUCUGGAAGCGGGGGCUACCAGGGCUCCUACACCUAUGGCCAGCCAAGCCAUUCCCCCAAUCACCCAUAUCCAAAGACAUACGGUCACGCACCAACUCCGGCCUCUGCCCCAGCUCCAGCCUCUGCGCCAACACGCCCGCGAUCGCACUCCCAAUCCGGUUAUUCGUCACAUCCAGUCCCACAACAGUACCCUCAACAAGUGCCAUUGACGCAGGCGACAAGCUAUAACGACUAUCCUCCCUCCCCAGUCGCGACCAUACGCGUGUGA